UUCUCUCAAGAUCGCUUCCCUCGUGCCCCUCUCGCCUUAACACCACCGCGCCACUGGCGCAAAUCACACUCGGAUACGAAAGGGAAGUACAGCGGGGGCACUAGCCUAGCCUCCCGUGUGAUUUAUCUUGAGAGGAUCACUCCUCUUACUCUUAGAAGCUGCAGCGUAGGGGAAGGCCACGCAUGGCUUUCUUCCUCGCUGUAGCUUGCGUCUACGUCGUCGCACUCGCCGUGCUGGUGCUGCUCGACGCGAGCAGGCGCCGGAGGGGAGGCGCCGCCGGCCGAAGCGGAAGCCCCCAGACGCAGGGGCUCAAGCUGCCCCCGGGCUCUCUGGGCUUGCCGUACCUCGGCGAGACCCUGCAACUCUACUCCCAGAACCCCAAUAUCUUCUUCGCCGCCAGGCUGAAGAGGUAUGGCGAGGUGUUCAAGACGCACGUUCUGGGCUGCCCGUGCGUGGUCUUGGCGAGCCCGGAGGCGGCACGCAUGGUGCUGGUCUCCCGUGCGCACCUGUUCAGGCCGACGUACCCGCCGAGCAAGGAGCGCAUGAUCGGGCCGCAGGCGCUAUUCUUCCACCAGGGCGACUACCACCUCCGCAUGCGCCGCGCCGUCCAGGGGUGGCUCGGCCCCGACGCGCUCCGCGCCCUGGUGCCCGACGUCGAGGCCGCCGUCGCAUCCACGCUCCGCUGGUGGGAAGGCCGCGAGACCAGCACCUUCCACACCAUGAAGAGGCUCACGUUCGACGUCGGCGUCGUCACCAUCUUCGGCCGGCGGGUGGCCGAGCACGUGAAGGAGGAGCUGAGGAGGAACUACUUCAUCGUGGAGAAUGGCUACAACAGCUUCCCCAUCCCCGUCGUCCCCUGGACCCGCUACAGCCAGGCCAUCAAGGCGAGGCAGCGGCUGGGGGCGAUCCUGAGCGGCAUCCUGUCGGAGCGGCGGGCGCUGGGGGACCUCGGCGACGACCUCCUGGGCACCCUCAUGCGGUACCGCGACGACGGCGGCACGGCGCUCUCGGACGACCAGGUCGCCGACAACGUCCUCGGCGUGCUGUUCGCGGCGCAGGACACGACGGCCAGCGUCCUCACCUGGAUCCUCAAGUACCUCCACGACAACCCGAAGCUUCUGGAAGCCGUCAAGGCGGAGCAGAUGGCGGUCUACGAGGAGAACGACGGCGGGAGGCUGCCGCUGACGUGGGCGCAGACGAGGACGAUGCCGAUCACGAACCUGGUUAUCUUGGAGAGCCUGAGGUUGGCGAGCAUCAUCACCUUCGCGUUCAGGGAGGCCGUCGAGGACGUGGACUAUGAAGGGUUCCUGAUCCCCAAGGGGUGGAAGGUGAUGCCGCUGUUCAGGAACAUCCACCACAGCCCGGAGUUCUUCCAGGAUCCACAGAAGUUCGACCCUUCUCGGUUCAUGGUGGCGCCCAAGCCCGGCACGUUCCUGCCGUUCGGGAGCGGCGUGCACGCGUGCCCCGGGAACGACCUGGCCAAGCUCGAGAUGGUCGUCCUCGUCCACCGCCUCGUCACCAACUACAGGUGGCAGGUGAUCGGGUCGAGCGACGACGUGACCUACAGCCCCUUCCCCGUGCCGAAGCGCGGCCUCCGGGCGAGGCUGCUGCGGGCGACGACCGCCGGCGCGGCCGAGGACUACGGCCGCCGCGCGCCGGCCGCGGCCGCCUGAGGUGGCAGCAGCAGCAGCUACCCUUUCUUUCCGUGUCGGAUACUGAUGGGCUACUACUGCUGGUCGUCGUCCCCGGCGUGUGUUGGAUUGGAUCAGUUAUUGUAAUAGCUGGUCAAUCAUUGGGAGGAUGACAGUGUAUCAUCAUCAGCAGUGUCACUGUGUCAGUAGCUAGUAGAGGACAGUAGGACACCGUGUGGUCUAGUGUCAGGCAGGUCGCCCGGGGGAAUAAGCUAAAGCUCGCCUUGGGCGCCAUUGGCAUGCUCUGAUGCUACUGCAACCAGAGUAUAAGAAUAAAGCGGUGUUGGUGUCAAAAA